CUCCCUCAACACACCGGCGUCGCCGCCGCCUAAAAUCCUCCCCCACUUUUAGUCGCGCAAGGCCCCAACUGCUCGCGUGCCACCGACCAGUCGAGCAGAUGCCGCCGCUGAGGCCGCCGCGGCUCCUCCUCAACAACGUCUCGUGCAUGCGGAACGCGCAGACGGUGCUCCGUGACAUCAACUUGAGCGUCCACGACGGCACCGCGCUGUUCCUCACGGGCGCCAACGGCUCCGGCAAGACCACCCUCCUCCGCAUGCUCGCCGGCUUCUCUCGCCCGUCCGCGGGGGAGAUCCUCUGGAACGGCCACGACGUCACCUCCCCGGGCGUCUUCCAGCAGUACAAGCUGCAGCUCAACUGGAUGUCGCUCAAGGACGCCGUCAAGGAGAAGCUCACGGUGCUCGAGAACGUGCAGUGGUUCGAGCUGCUCGAGGGGAAGCCCGGCGAUAGGUCAGCGCCCGCCAUCGAGCUCAUGGGGCUCGGCAGGCUCAUGAACGAGAAGGCCAGGAUGCUCUCCAUGGGACAGAGGAAGAGGCUGCAGCUCGCCAGGCUGCUCGCCAUCGACCGCCCGAUAUGGCUUCUGGAUGAGCCGUCCGUCGCCCUGGACGCCGAUGGGGUUAAGCUGCUCGAGUACAUCAUAGCAGAGCACCGGAGGAAGGGUGGGAUCGUCAUCGUUGCCACGCAUUUGCCGAUCGAGAUCGAGGACGCUAUGUCGCUUCGGCUUCCGCAGAGGUUCCCCCGGAGGAAGACACUGGUUGAUCUCGUGCAUUGAUUCCAACAUGAGCUCAGGAAUUUAGCUGUAUCUCUCUAAUUUUUCUCCAGCUAUCUGUCUGAAAGCUGUUGGAGCAACUUCUGACUGAUGAUGCAAUUUUUUUGUACUUUCUUCGGGAACAUAAGGACACAUUUACACGCCAAUAUAUAUGCUGCUGUUCUUUUGGUGCAAGUUUGUGAUCAUGAUUCUGAUGCAUUGGCGCAUCUGUGCCACUUGGUGGUGGAAUCUUCUGUUGCUUAUUCAGUGUCUAGCAGGUUUUACUCAUGACUUGCGUGCCCAACUGAAGCUUCAAAAUCUGGAGAUAUUUGUACAUGAUCAGAAGCCAUUUCCGGAUGCAGACUGUUUGGUUCAACUCCAGCAGAAGCAGAACCAAACAAGGCCUGAAACUUUCAGAAGUCAGGAUAGGCAGUACCUUGCAGAUUGAUUGGAAGCUUAUUUUUGGGAUAUCAGAAAGUAUCAAAUCAGUCCAACUGGGAUUUUGUUGUGUGCAGGCUGUAACAAGAGAGCAGUGAAUGCAGCAGAAAUAAGUCUCUAGGGACCAUUGGAGGUGCUCUCUGACCCCAUUCUGGAGGUAGCUGGCCCACUAUUCAAGACAAGGACAUGAAUCUUAAUUACAUUUGACUUGUGAAGUAAAGAGAAAAAGAACUCGUUUGUACUGAAAAAGGAAGGUCCAAGAUCCAAAGAUAUUCAAGUUUUAGAUAGCAGGCUUGGGAUCCUAUACCAUUCCUUAAAGGUGCAAAUGACGCGCGCGCACAGAGAAGGCCUUAUUAAUACACAUACUAAUGUGAAAAGGUGUAGUAAAGUGCUUGAUCCCCCCAAAGUCUAGGAGUGAGACAUGGGGCGUCAGCCAUUAUGUAUUGCUGCUAGUACCUUCUCUCUAUGGCACACUAUAAUAACUGCAAGCACUCUGAAGUCAAUACCAUUCUGUUUCAGGAUAUAGAGUUUACAUCACAGAAGAAUUGUGAUUGACAUUUCUACUUCAACCAGAACAAUAAUACAAUCAAGUGAGUCCCACAUGUCAAUGUCAAGACAUUAUUGAUGGUACAAGUUUAAUUUUGUAUGGCUUAGGAGGCAAUGCUUGAACUUUUUUCAUCUAAUCAGAUUGAUCAUCCAUGGCGAGAUGACAUCAUCAAAAGGGUGUCUCAAUGCCAUGUAGUAACUUUUAAUAAAACUUUGUUCAACAAACCUACAGUGUUAGCUUUACGCAAUGGUAGUUUUUGCAGUGUUUACUACAAUCAUUUUGUAUAAUGUGUAUUGAUUGUGAUACUGACACAUAGCUAGGAAAUAUUGUUUAUACGCAAAGUAAGAGAGAAUUAUUAAGCUGAAUUUAGGAUUGACAAUUCCUAGUUAUGGGUCCCAUGACAGUAACGCAGGCAGGGAAUGCAGCCACAUCUUCUGUUCUAGUCCAUUUUUGACAAUGGAAAG